AUGGGUUAUAAUGACGAGACCGCAAGAAAUAGAACGUAUUCGGGUUGUUGGACCUGUAGAAGUCGUAAAAUUAAAUGUGAUCAACAAAAGCCUCAAUGUAAACGCUGUUUAAAGGCAAAUUUGAAAUGCGAAGGUUAUAAUAUCCGUUUAACAUGGUGUGAUUUAGCCAAGUAUGAUAUAUAUGGCGAUUUAAUUGAAAGUGCAGACGACAAAAAAGCUGUUCAUCAAAGAAAUCAUAUUAGUUUUGCAAAAUAUAAUAACAAUACAGUAGACUUAUCUGAAAUUGAUGAUAACCUAUCCUAUUUAGAUGAUUCAGACCCUAACGAAAUAAGAGGUGUGCGAUUUUUACAACAAGGACCAUUUAGACUAUUCACAUAUGCAAAUAUAAACUCUCUUGACAGACAUAACCUUUCCGGUAUAGAAAAGUUAAAUCAUCAUAAAGUUUAUAAAUCAACGAUUAGUAGAGAUUCAAGCUUAACACCUAUCAAAACCACUUCUCCAUUACCCUUAAGAAGCUCUCCAUUAAUUCGUCAUGCACAUACUCCAACACAAUCACUCAUACAAGAGCAAUUAAGUCAAACUCCUAAUCUGAUAAAAAAUGAUAAUUUUCAUGAAAAUUUAAUUAAAAGCAUUACAAGUAGUGUUAAAAAAACUCAGAAUAACCGUAAUAUAAAUGAGUCACAUAACCAUCACUCCCUUGAUGAAGAUGAUAUAAAUCCAAGUCAAGGUAUAGAUUCUGAUACAAAUUUGUCUGCAAAUGUAAACAAUGACGAAAUUAAUUUUGCAAAUAUUAGUACCUCAACGAAUCUCCCAUUAGAAAAUGAUGUAAAUGGUCAUAGAGGGAAAGAAAAUAAUGAAGAUAAUAGCAUUGAUAACCAUUAUACUGAUGAAAAUGAAGAUUAUAGAAAUGCUAUAUCUCUAAAUACAGAGCCACCGAUUUACCCUAAAUCGGUAGAUAAUGGUGCUGAAAAGAGUUCUGAACUUCACGAUGCAACCAGGGUUCCCACUACUCUCGUUUCAAAUAAAGUAAGUUUAAUAAAAAACAAUAGUAAUAAUAAUGAUAUUAAUAAUGCAAAAAUAAACUUGGGUACAACUAACCUAAAUAUUGAAAAAAAUGAGCCUCCUAUAACAUCAUCUAUUGGUAGCCCUAAUGAUAAAAUUCUCAAUAAGAAUAUAGCAAAAAAUAGAGCUAUAGGUACAAGUAAAAGGUUUGAUUCUCAUGCAAGUUCAAAUAUAGCUUUACAUACAAACGGUAAUAAUACAAUUAAUUCCGAUCUAAAUAUCACUUCAGACAACCUUAGUGAUGUUACUUUUGAUUAUGAUAAAAGCAAGAAUACCGUCUUUGCGGACCCAACCUUAUCUUGGAUUUCAAGAGAAUUAAGAGAUGAUGUGCUUCUAUCUGCACUAGCUUUACAGGUAUCUAAUGUAAUUCAACCUAAUGAUAGUAACUCAAAGUUUCAACAAGCAUCUGAUUCAAAUGGUGCACAAACACACAAUGAUAAUCAGCUACGUACCCCAAAGAUUACUACAAAUUUGGCUAGUACUCAAAAUCCAGAUACUACUACUUCAAAAGUAAACCAAACAUUACAAUCUGCUAUUCAAUCGUUAUUUACAAGUCAAUCUACAGCUGAAAGUGAAAUCGAAAAGAUUAUUACUACUGCAAUAGAUUCAAUGCAUCCAUCGCCGAUUCAUUUAAAUUCCGAAUCAUUAGUAGCAAGCAUUCCGUCUAAUGAUCUCAUUCAACCUAAUGAUAUUGUCCCAUAUGCUCAGGAUACUUCUCCCAAGCAAAUCAAUAAAUCUAAUAUAAGUGAUCAGAUAUUAUUUGAUUCACCAAAUGGUGACUCUUAUAUGCCCAAAACAGUAAUGGAAGUUGUAUCUUCUAACUCAUUAGAUGAAGAUAUAACUGAAAACAUUAAAGCAAGAGAUUUAUGUUUCGUUGUACCGAGAACAGGAUUGUUGGUUCAUGGCUUAUCGAGAUUUUUAUUAAAUCAUUUUAUUGAUAAUGUGGCUGAUUUAAUGAUUGUUGUCACCGUAUCAAAAAACCCAUGGAAGACAUUAUAUUUUCCCAGGGUGUUAAACACACUGGGGGAUCUUGCAGGAUUGGGUCAUUCAUCUUAUUCCAGAAAUUCUUUAUUAAAUGCAAUAUUGGCCUUAUCAUGUUUCAACCUUUUAAACAAAUUCCCAAAAACAACCAAGGAACACAAUUUUUUUCUAAAAUUAGGUAUCCAGUUUAGGUUACAAGCAUGCAUCUUCCUUAAAAGCUGUCUUCAAUAUACAGUUAACAAAGAAAAAUAUAAGGAUGUUUUAUGUGCACUAUUGGCAAUGAGCUCUAUUGAUGUAGUUUGGGGAACUAUGACAGAUUGCCACUAUCACUUAGAUAUCUGCAGGAAAUACAUUGAAGCUCGUAUGAAAAGGAAAUCAAAAUUAUCAGAAAAAGCCAAGACGCUGCAUCGUAUUUUUACAUUUUAUAAAUUAAUACAAGAUAGUACAUCGUUGGAUAAAGUUCGAGAAUCAGAGAUUGAUCUCCAAAAUAAGCAAUUAAUAUCUGACACUGUGACUACUAAUGAAAAUAACCAAGGAACUUAUCUGGAGGAAGUUCAUUCGAUAACUGGCCAAAUAUAUAUUCGAUAUAUUCCAGAAAAUCCCACUAAGCAAGUAGAAUCACCUGCAAGUGGCUCACCUCCAAUGUUCAAUAGAAUUUCUAAAGAAAAUUAUUAUUUUUCUAAGGGCAACAAUAACCAACCUCUUGAAGCUGAUAUUUUAAGAAUUGAUUGUUUAUAUGGAUUGCCUAAUUCAUUGAUCAUGUUGUUUUCGGAAUGUAUUUCACUAGCAAGACACAGCGAAUAUUUCAAUUUAAAUAAAUUAUCUCUACCAAGGAAUUUUAACGAUUUAAUAAUUAAAUUUGAAAAGAAAUUACUAAAAUGGAAACCAGAAUGGAAUUUUUUCCAGGAAGAUAAUGGAAUACAAGAUGAAAAUGGAAACAGAAAUUUCUUAAAUGACACUAUUGAAGGGGUCUAUCACCACACAAUUAGUUUCUAUAAUGGGCUAAUAAUUUAUUUUUUCACCAUUAUUAGGAAUUUAAAUGUUGAAUUUUUGCAAAAUUAUGUUAUGAAAGUUAUUUCAUCGCUAAAUAAGCUAAAUAAACUGAUCGAAUUGAAGAAUAUCAAAGUUUUACCGUUAAUGUGGCAAGGAAUAAUUGCUGGCUGUGCAUGUCAAUCUGAAGAUAUACAAGAUCAGUUUAGAGAAUGGGCUGGCCAAAUGGCAAAAAAUGGUAUGGGAUCUUAUUGGGGUGCAAGACAGGUCAUGUACGAAGUUUGGAGGCGUCGUAGGGAGGCUUUGGAUGGUGAUGAUUGGUACAGUGUCUACAAAGAUUGGAAUAUUAACUUGAUGCUAUUUUAA